AUGGCCACCAAAUUCGAGAGAACGUCAUCUGAUGUGGAAGGCUACACUCGUAUCAAACACGACAUCAUUCCGAUGCGCGAUGGUGUCAGGCUUUGUGCUGAUGUUUUCCUCCCCUUCUCAGCAUCCAAAAACGGCAAAAAGGUCCCAGUUAUUUGUAGUCUCGGACCCUACGGCAAGGACGUCCACGCCUCAUCAUUUGGGUUACCUCAGACCCAUAUUUACGCCGAGAUGUACAAACACAUCAAGCCGCUUGGGCCAGAUGCAUGCUUCGAGCUGUGUGAGCCGCUCGUUUGGUGCCAAGAGUACGGCUACGCUCUUCUCCGUGUCGAUGAGCGUGGUAUCGGUAAUAGUGAAGGCCGGCUGGAUCCCUUUGGCUUGGAAAGAUCAUUUGAGAUCCAGGCUGAUGCUGAAGGCCAAGAUCUUUAUGAUGUGGUUGAAUGGGCUGCCGCUCAAAGCUGGUCCAACGGUAAGGUAGCCUUUUCAGGCAUCAGCUACUACGGUAUGGUAGGAUACUGGGCCGCCAUGCAGAAACCACCACAUUUGACGUGCGUCAUGUCAUAUGAAGCGGCCUGUAGUAUCUAUCAAGCUGGUCGUCGAGGGGGGAUCUAUAGCCACAACUUCCAAUCCCAUUGGUACAGCAACAUCGUUAUACCUCAGCAACGAGGAGCACGAGAUGGAACACGAACCAAAGACGAGCUUGAGGCAGACCGAGUAGAUUUCCCCAACCUCAUGGCAACAAACGAGUAUCCCGAUCAAGGCCCCGUUGGCUUUUUGGACAAGAUUAGAUCGCUUUCUGAUAUAGAAGUGCCUAUCUAUGUGGCAGGCAACUGGACGGAUCCAGAGGUACAUCUUCCAGGCAACAUUCGCGCCUUCAAUAGCGUCUCUUCAAAGGAAAAGUGGCUGGAAAUGCAUACUGGAAACCAUUUAGGCGCAUUUUAUGAGCCAGACCAUAUUUCCAUGCAGAGGAAGUUCUUGGACUAUUUCCUUUUCGACAAGAAGGAUAACGGAAUGCUGGACGUGCCUCGGAUCCGGCUACUUCAGCAUCAUGGCACCAAGACCCUGUACCGAGAAGACGAGACUUCCUUCCCGCCUUCCGAUGCACAAGAUGUCUCAUUUUAUCUCACUCCUGAGAAGCAACUAUCUCUGAACCGCCCGGCAGGAGAAAUGAAGCAAUUAUCUUACCAGGGCUACCGAGAAAAUAUCACAUUGGCACUCGAAUCUCCGUUCACCGAGUCCUUUGAAAUCCUUGGAUCGCCUUAUCUCGAACUUGAGGUCAGCACCAGUACUGAGGACAUGGAUCUCUUCAUCUAUCUUCGCGCAAUCGAUGAGAACGGAAAAACGGUGGUAUUAAAGGGCAAUCAUGGCGAACCGAUGGAUAACUUCGCCAGAGGCUAUUUUCGCCUAUCACACCGAGAUGAAGUGGCCAAAGACUUUGAUAAGGAUCGCGUUAUUAUCCAGCCUCCCACUCCCAUGUCUGAGGUCGUUCCAGGCCAGAUAUACAAGGUUAUGGUGCCUAUCUACCCGGCCGCAUAUCUCUUUGACAAAGGUCAAACGCUUUCACUCGAGAUAGGGGCGGUUAAUACGCCAAGCACGAUCCCGCCAAUGCGUCACGAAGGAGGUGAUAGGAUUGCGGCAAGAUUUGAAGGGGAAAAUGUUAUAUUCUCUCAUGGACGUCUUGUGUUGCCUCGUGUGAGGCGCUGA